AUGUCUCGAAUGCAAACUAGCUCGGCAGCAAUUACUCCUCUUGGGUUGGAGACAAAGCCACUCCCUCAAUCAACAUCAUCGUUAGGCUCGACAAGACAAUCAGGAACUCAACAGUUAGACUCUGCCGAGAUUCAUAACUCUCAACUUUAUCAAGCCCGAAAGGAAAAGGGAAAUAAUCCACUCUAUCAAACCUCAAAUGCAAGUUAUGGUUCUAAACCAUUAAAAGAUGUACAUAAACCAACAGAAUAUUUCGGAAGCUCACAUUCAUUCUCUAAGGAAUUUGUGGGCGGAAUGUUUAGAAAUCAAAGUUUAAAUACUAAUAGGACAAGAAAUAUCGCCAUGCCAGACCCAUCAUUUGGUGCCAACCAUUUCCACGACCAAUAA